CCAUAUUCUUCACAGUUCUUUGCGACCUCAAAGAUAAUGGCAACACAAUUUCUGCAGGAGAUGGACAAUUUAAAUAUAAGUGACCCCAAAGAAAUGAUGAGUUUAGCUAUAAAGUGGGUACAGAAGACAUUUCCAAAUGUGGAAUCAGUUACCACAGGGACAUUGCAAUGCUGGAUGGAAGAGAAGCCAGAGGAAUUAAUCAUUCUCGACACCCGGAGUGCAGCUGAAUUUGAAGUCAGCCAUCUGCCAGGGGCAAUACUUAUUGACCCGCAGAGUGAUACACUGCAAGAAUUUCUGCAGAAACGGCUCCUUCCAGAGAGUAAAAAUAAAAAUAUCAUUUGCUAUUGCACUGUGGGAUACAGGUCUUCCAUGACUGCCCAGAGCAUGAAUGAGUUCUUGUCAAGUGAAGCCGGCCAAACCCCCGAAACUUCCCUGAAGGUUUAUAAUGCAGAAGGAGGACUGGUGAAAUGGGCCAGUGAAAGAAGGCUGAUGGUGGACAAGCAGGAGCAGCCCAUUCACCUCGUUCACCCCUACAGUGCAGCAUGGGCAAAACUACUGGAACCAGAGCUGCAAGCACAGAUCUAAAGCAUUUCUGCAAGUCUGAUCUUAACUGGGGCCUCUAGGUGAAAUACAAAUUAAUAAUAAGAAUAAGAAUUAAUGGGGGCCCCAACCUCAACUGUGUCUUGUAGGCAUAACCAUAAUGCUACUAAUAAUAGAGGAUUACAAUA